UUCGUAAUAAAUCUCUAUUAAAUAUAGUUUAAAUAUACGAAAUACUUAUAUUUAUAAGAGAAUAUCAUACAAUAUAGGAUAAGAGUUCACUUUUCGUGUUCAAUUUUCAAUUUUCUUGUUAAAAAAAAAACAGAUAUUAGGGAUAUUCCAAAAUGUGUGAAGUGGUUGUUUUGCAUGAUGGUUAUUCCUUUAUUAAUAAUGAUGGUGAAAUGAUGGCAAAUUGUUCAUGUACUUUGGUAAAAGGUCCUCACAAUAUAAUUGUUGAUACCAUGACUCCCUGGGACUCGGAAAUAAUAUUGACUGCUCUAAUGAAACAUCAAUUAACCCCUGACGAUAUACAUUUUGUGGUAUCAACACAUGGACAUUCAGAUCAUACCGGCAAUAAUAAUCUCUUUCUUAAAGCAACCCAUAUAGUCGGUUUUAGCAUAUCAUUUAGAGAUAAGUACUAUAUUCAUCCAUUUGAAAAUGGUGAAGAGUAUGUGAUAAAUGAUUUUGUUAAAAUAAUUCCAACACCUGGUCAUACUCUAUCAGAUGUAACAGUUCUAGUCAAAUCUGAAGGACAGAAUAUAGCAAUUGCUGGUGAUUUGUUUGAGAAGUAUGAAGAUAUUAAUAACCAAAGCAUUUGGCAAGAAGCAGGAUCAGAGGAUCCUGCCAAACAAUUGAGAAAUAGAACAAAGAUUGCUGAUAUAGCAAAUUGGAUAAUUCCUGGACAUGGCCCAAAAUUUGAAAUCACAGAUGAAAUCAGGAUGUUGUUGAAAAAACAAACUACAGAUGCUUAAAAUGUAGUAAAAUUAAAUGGAAUGAUUUCAUAAUGUUUUGUUAAUAAAAUUAAACACAAGAUA